UGGUUUCGACGUGAUUUACGUCUAGAUGAUAAUAUCGGAUUAUUCAAUGCCCUGCAAUCUGAAUUCCCGGUAAUCCCGCUAUUUAUUUUUGAUCAAGAUAUCCUGGAAAAUCUUCCUAAAGAUGAUGCGCGCGUUAGUUUUAUCUAUGAUUCGCUCAAAGCCAUAAACAAACAACUUCACGCAAUUGAUUCCUCUAUAUUAAUCAAAAAAGGAAAAACUUUCGACGUUUGGAAAUCACUUACAGAAGAAUUCGAUAUUCAGCAAAUCUUCUUCAAUAAAGAUUAUGAACCUUACGCGAUAAAACGUGAUUUGGCUAUUUCAGCUUUAUUAAAAAAAAAUAACAUAGAAGCUUUCUCAUUCAAAGAUCAUGUGAUUUUUGAAGAAAAAGAAAUCAACAAAGCUGAUGGACUUCCGUACACGAUUUACACGCCUUAUAAAAACAAAUGGCUGGAGAAAUACCAUCUUUCAGGACAAGCUUUUGAAUAUGAUACAAAACCUUUGUUCAGCAAUUUUGCCAAAAAUCAAUUUACUUUUCCUGAACUAUCCCAAAUAGGUUUUGAAAGAAGCACUAUAAAAGUAUUUCCGCACAACUUAACCCAAAUAGGUAAUUAUAAAGAAACCAGAGAUUUUCCAGCUUUAGACAGCACCUCUUAUCUUUCACCACAUUUACGUUUUGGGACGGUUAGUAUCCGUAAAUUAGUCAAUUGGGCGAAUAAGAAAAACCAGACUUUUUUGAGCGAAUUAAUCUGGAGAGAAUUCUUUAUCCAGAUUCUGUUUAACUUCCCAAAUUGUGUCAAUCACAAUUUCAAGUCGGCUUAUGAUGGUAUUCAAUGGCGAAAUAACGAAGAAGAUUUUAAACGUUGGUGUUCUGGGACUACGGGUUACCCUAUGGUCGAUGCCGGAAUGCGCCAGCUUAACGAAACCGGUUAUAUGCACAAUCGCGUUCGUAUGGUAGUAGCAAGUUUCCUGUGCAAACAUUUACUCAUAAACUGGCAAUGGGGCGAAGCUUAUUUUGCUGAGAAAUUACUGGAUUUCGAAUUGGCAUCAAACGUAGGCAACUGGCAAUGGGCUGCAGGAACAGGAUGCGACGCCGCACCAUACUUCAGGGUUUUUAAUCCGGAAAUUCAACAAAAGAAAUUCGACGAAAAAGGAAUCUACAUUCGCAAAUGGAUUCCGGAAUUUGAUUUAGGAUAUAAUGAGCCUAUGGUGGAUCAUGCUUUUGCGAGGGAUCGUGCUAUUGAGACUUAUAAGAAGGGAAUCAUUAAGUAA